GGAUGUUCUUUAUUUCUUCUGCUUCAAGUACCAGCAAAGCCUCUGGUUGAAUCGGAUGCUGAUGUACUACUGCACAAACUCUUAGUCGGAGUGGACAAGUGGACAUGGUGAAACACUGGGUACAUUCGAAGUUGUUAGAAGCCCGCACGACCCACGUUGUAAAAUGGCGGUGCUCGUUCCGUUAGCGUUGGAGGGAACCCGCCCUUCGUUUCAGAUUUGAAGUCCGAGAGAGAGAGAGAGAGAGAGAGAGAGAGAGAGGGAGAGGGAGAGGUGAAAGGCUUCAGAGUUCUGAGUUCAGAUCUGCCCAAGAUGGAGCCGGAGGCUAGAUCAAAUGAUUGCCAGAGUCUGGGAACCAAUGACUGUCCUCCAGAACGAUAUCCAAAAGUAUCCAUCGGUAUUACUGUCGAGAAGUACCCAAAGUUGGGAUCCCAAGGAGAAACCAAAGAUGGUGUUGGAUUAUCAUCUUGGCAUAGGAGACAUGAAUUGGAUGAAAAUGUUAUAAAGAAAAAUAGGGAUCCUGAAAUUUCUGAGAACACAACUAAAAGUAGAACACUGAAUGCCAAAGAUGUGAAGUCCCAACAUCAAAUGCCAACUCCAAUGAAAACUUUGUCUGGAAAUCAAGCUUCAACGAACAAGUCACAGGACAGGAUGCAGGAGAAAACAGGUUGUAUUGCUUCUGGAAUUAGACUAGAGCAGGUUGCAAAUACUGAAAUGCAUGUGCUGCAUAAAGGUGUUAAUAUGGUGUUGCCAGAUAAAAUGAUUAAGCAUAACAAUGAAGGCUUGAAGGCGAAGCUUCAGGAGAUACUAAACAUGGCAUCAGAGAGCAAGCAGAAAAUAGAAUUGCCUAAACCUGAAGACAAGAACGCCAUCAACACUGAUCAAUCUGGUAAGUUUGCACAGAGCCAUCAGAUUAUAGAUUCUCCAGUUGUCAGAGAUAAAAAAACAUUCAACAAAAAUCAAAAAAAAGUAAGACAAAGAAAAUCUAAUAGGAACAAAAUGAAGUCAGAUACUAUUGAGACUGAUUCAGAAAGUCCAAAUGAAAUCAUCAGAAGACCUCUUACGCGCUCUCUGACUCAAAAGAAAGCUUCAUCUAAAACAUUUCAGAAAUUGUGCCAGGGCAGUGUGUAUGGAAAGAUUCCUCUGUCAUCGAGUUCUGAAUCUAAACAGAAACUGGGAGAAAAUAACAUCUUUACCUUUGAUGGAGUGGAAACAAAACUAGUAAAUUCAGCCCAGAACAUUAACUAUAAUCCCAAUGGAUUUAAAGGGAUGAAAAGGGAACUGAAAAAGAAGAGAUUUGAGUUACCGGAAGUCCAUUUUCCUGAAAAGUUUUCUUCUGUCAAAAUUUUAGAAGCCAAUGGAAGAGGACAAACAGUGCCAUCCCCAGAUGAAGCAACACAUAGAAGACAAGAAACAAGGCCCUCUGCUAAUUUACUGUUUCAGCAUGAUCAUGACAAGCAAAAGACAUCAGAGAAAGGUACCUACCAGCAAUUACAUGCAGAAGCAAAUAAGAAUUUGAUUCCUGAGCUUGUAGCAAACAGUGCAGGAACUCGACAACAUGUUGGUAGUCCAGAAAAGAAGAGGUCAAGGGGGCAUGGUAAGAGUUGGGAACCAAAUGUGUAUCUAGAUAAGAUGAUUGAGCAUGACAAUGGAAAGCCACAAACAUCAAAGAAAGAUCCCAAUCACCAGUCACCAUUAGAAGCAAAUGCACAUUUGGUUACUCCAUUCGUAACAAGCAGUGCAGAAACUCAAGAUGGGCAUUCUAUUAGUCUGAAAAAGAAGAGCCUUUCAUGUGAAUCUGUCAAGAGUCAAACACCAAAUUUAUUUCUAGAGGAGCUGGUUGGGCAUGACAAAGACAUGCCACAGAAAUUAAACAAAGAUCCCAACUUCUACUUACAAUCAGAAGUAGAUAAGCAUUUGGUCACUCCGCUUGCAAACAGUGCAGAAACUCAAGAAGAUUCUGGCUGUCUGAGAAGGACGAGAUAUUCAUGUGAACAAGUUGAGACUCAAAAGCUGAAUUUUUAUCAAGAGAAGAUGGUUGAGCAGGAAAAAGAAAAGCCACAAGCAUCAAAGAAGGGUCUGAAACGCUACUUACAAUCUGAAGCAGAUAGUUAUUUGGUCACUCCACUCGUAACAAGCACUGCGAACAUUCACAAACAUUCUAAUAGCCUAAAAAGGAAGAGGUAUUCAUGGGAACAUGUUGACAGCGAAGUGCCAAAUAAUGUGUACCUGGAAAAAAAAGUUAAACAUCCAUCAGUGCAGAAAACAAUCCCACUCAUGGAUGUUCAGGAUCUAAAUAUUGUCAUGAAUGCGAGGUCACCUUCACCAAGAUGUAAACUACUGGAUGAGGACCUUUACAGUCCAACAACUACGAGAAGAUUAAGAACAUCUUCUAAGUCAAAAUUUAUGGAGAAUCACAAACACAAAACUGAUAGUUUAGAUUCAGACAUGGAAUCUGUUGAACAGACAGUGGAGAUUCUUGAAUCAGAGAAUAUGGUACUUCUGAGUGAGGAAGAAGAAAAUGAAAUUAAGAAGCAACCUUUUCUUUCCCCAAACAAAUGCCAGCCAAGUGACUUUUUCUAUAAAGAAACUGAAGAACCUUCUGGAGCAUAUGAAGUCUUGGAGCAGUAUCCAGAGGAUAGCUUGGAAAGGGCUGUAAUCCAACUGGCACUAGUUCUUCAAAGAUUCAAAACCAAAAUAAGGUCACAAAUAUGCAAAAAAAGCUCAGAUAUACUUUCAGAUGUCAGGGAAAAAGUAUGCGAGCAACUACAACAUGCUGAAUCUCAGAUAGAAAAAGAUAUUGGGAAGUUCCUCAGUGCUGGCAAAUUGAAAGAAAAAUGCUUAGAGUCUAAAUUCAGAGAACAACAAGAAAGAUUGGAGUUCGUACACAACAAGUUCAAGGAGGAGGUAGGUGAGCACCUCCAUGUCUGCAGAAACACUUUCGAGGAAAUAGAAGCAUACAAGAUACAGCUGAAGGGAGGUUUUGAUAAGCAGCAAGCUUCACACAAACAGCUUGUUGGGCAAGUAGAAGAAGAAAUAGAGUCUCAAUUAACAAAUGCAGAAAUGAGAGUCGCUGCCCUUCAUAAUAAUGCUAAUAGAAGCUUGAGCAAAUUAAAACAUGUACUGAGGGAGUGGAUGCUAGAAAGAACAACUUGAAGCUUGCUCUAUCAGGGUAGGGGAAGAUAGGAGAACCCCAUGGUGGCUUCUGCACAGAUAUUGGAAUGCCACGAAGAAUGCUAGGACACCAUUGAAAUGUUUGCAAAGACUAACCCUUUUCCAUUUUCUUGUUUCACUCUAGAAUCUUUAUGGCCUUUGUGCUCGACUAACAGCUAUACGAUUUACUGUUUCUAAAACAUAUGAGCCAACAGGCAGUGAUAACAAAUGGAUAUAGGAUGUUUGUACAUAUUAGAUUCAGCAGAUUUUUCAUUAAAGGUUGCUGAUUAAAUUCAUAUAAUGACUUGAAAA